CAGCCCGCGCAUCGCCGCCUAGCCUCGCAGUCGCCGCUCGCAGUCGCCGCGCAGUCGCAGCCCAGCCGCAGCCGCACCGGCCGCCCGCCUUCGACGGGCCAGCGCGUGGCGGGGACGGCCACGAUGAAUGGGGCCGACAUCAAGAAGACCAUCAACAAGGCGAAGGCGGCCGCCGCCAACGGCGCCGGCGGCAAGAAGCGCCGGAAGGGCCAGGACCUGAAGCCCAUCAUCACCACCGAGGGGCAGCACAGCGCGCAGAACACGGCGUCGCCGCAGCAGCACAAGAUGUACGGCAACCCGCUCAGCCACUCGCCCGACAGCGACUCGUCGUCGGUCGACGAGGCCGACAACACGGCCGACGAGGAGGACAGCGAGGACUACUGCAAGGGCGGCUACCACCCCGUGCAGGUCGGCGAGCAGUACAAGGACGGCAAGUACACCAUUGUGCGCAAGCUGGGCUGGGGCCACUUCUCCACCGUGUGGCUGUCGCGCGACAACGCCUCGGGCAAGCACGUCGCCCUCAAGGUCGUGCGCUCCGCCGCCCACUACACCGAGACGGCCCUCGACGAGAUCAAGCUGCUGAAGAAGGUCGUCGACGCCAACGAGGCCCACCCCGGCCGCAAGCACGUCGUCAGCCUGCUCGACUCGUUCAACCACAAGGGCCCCAACGGCAUGCACGUGUGCAUGGUCUUCGAGGUCCUUGGCGAGAACCUGCUGGGCCUGAUCAAGCGCUGGAACCACCGCGGCAUCCCCAUGCCGCUGGUCAAGCAGAUCACCAAGCAGGUCCUGCUGGGCCUCGACUACCUGCACCGCGAGUGCGGCAUCAUCCACACCGACCUGAAGCCCGAGAACGUGCUGAUUGAGAUUGGCGACGUCGAGCAGAUCGUCAAGGCCUACGUCAAGGACGAGCCUAAGAAGAAGGACAGCGCCGACAGCAGCGACCGCAACGGCCGCCGGCGACGGCGCACCCUCAUCACCGGCAGCCAGCCGCUGCCCAGCCCGCUGAACGCCAGCUUCAACCACGCCGAGCUGGGCAGUUUCCCCGGCGCCCAGAGCCUCAACAAGGUCAUGAACGAGAGUACAGGUAAAGACUCCCCCACGACUGUCCCGAGUCCCUCUUCUUCCCCAGACGGUUUUGUAAUGAGUGGUGCUCUAGGCACUGCCUCGCAAUCCUCCAGCAUGUCCAUGGCCGAGCGCCUCGGCCUGAAGCCCACCGCCAGCGAGGACGACGUCCAGAAGCAGCGCGAGAAGACCGCCGACCUCCUCACCAAAGAAGUCUCCGGCAUCAGCCUCGACAAGCAGCCCGCGUCGAAAGAAAAGUCCGCCGACGACCCCCCCGACAUCGCCCUCGAGAAGAUCUCGGUCAAAAUCGCAGAUCUCGGCAACGCCUGCUGGGUCGGCCACCACUUCACAAACGACAUCCAAACGCGCCAAUACCGCUCGCCCGAAGUCAUCCUCGGCAGCAAAUGGGGCGCCAGCACCGACGUCUGGAGCAUGGCCGCCAUGACUUUCGAGCUCAUAACCGGCGACUACCUCUUCGACCCGCAAUCGGGCACCAAAUACGGCAAAGACGACGACCACAUCGCACAAAUCAUCGAACUCCUCGGCACGUUCCCCAAAUCGCUCUGCCUGAGCGGCAAAUGGAGCCAAGAGAUCUUCAACCGCAAAGGCGAACUGCGCAACAUCCACCGCCUGCGCCACUGGGCCCUGCCCGACGUCCUGCACGAAAAAUACCACUUCCCCAAGGACGAGAGCCGCGAAAUCGGUUCUUUCUUGCUGCCCAUGCUCGAGCUGCUGCCUGUGGAUCGCGCGAAUGCGGGGGGCAUGGCGAGUCAUGAGUGGCUCAAGGAUACCAAGGGCAUGGAGGGCGUGGAUCUUGGGAUCGCGUGUCGGAGUAAGGGCGAGGGGAUUGAGGGGUGGGCGACGGAGAUUAAGAAGACGAGGUAGAUGUGGGGGGCGUAACGAUGUCAUGAGGCGGGGUUUCGACUUUCUUGCAUGCGUGGGGGUGGUUGGUCAGUUGGGUUGGUGUGGCUGGUGA